AUGCUCGUUGGAUUCCGGAAUAAAGUGGCCAUCAUCUGUGGUAUUUUUGUCACAUUUGCUUUACUGCUGCUUGUAAUCUACAGCAGUUUUCCUGAACUAGAAGAAGAACAUCGAAAACGCUUCAAAUAUCCGCGGAAUCUGGAAGAUGCCAAGGAUUUGGGUCGUGUUCUCUCACAUUAUAAAGAGCAACAUUUACUCACAGUAUUCUUCGGUGUACUUGUGGUGUACAUAGCACUUCAGUCAUUUGCCGUUCCUGGCUCGAUCUUUCUCACAAUCUUAUCUGGUUACCUCUUUAACUUUCCCAUUGCUUUACUUCUUGUUUGUUUUUGCUCUGCAACGGGAGCUUCGAUAUGCUACCUCUUAUCAUAUAUGUUUGGUCGUGAUCUUGUUAUGCGAAAUUUUCCUGAAAAGUUGAAAAAAUGGCAGGAUGAUAUCGCUAGGCACAGGGAAAAUCUUCUCAGUUACAUCAUAUUUCUUCGUGUGACACCUUUCUUACCUAACUGGUUCAUCAACAUCGCUAGUCCUGUUCUUAAUGUUCCCAUUGUUCACUUUUAUUUAGGUACAUUUCUUGGCGUAGCACCUCCUAGCUUUCUGUAUAUCCAAGCGGGCUCAACUUUGGAGCAGAUGGUACAUACUAAUGUAGCUUGGAAUUUGAACUCUGUUUUACUUCUUACUUUUUUUGCUAUUUUAUCUCUUGUUCCGGUUUUCUGGCAUCGUUUCAAGGCAAAGAAGGAGUAA